AUGGGAUUGAAGCUUUCUUGCAUCCACCACGGCAGCCUGUCGCGGCAGGCACACCUGCCGGCCUCGCCAGCGCCGGCCAGGGUCAUCGCCGCAGACGGAUCGCUGAAGGCGCUCCCGGCCUUCUCUGCCUCUAGCGUCGCGGACGUUCUCGGCCGGAGCAGGGACGCGGUGUCGUCAUCGUUCUUCGUGUGCAACUCCGACGCACUCUACUUCAACGAGCGCCCACCGGCGCUGGCACCCGGCGAGGUGCUCCGGCCGGGGCAGAUAUACUUCGUGCUCCCGGCGGCCAUGCUCGAGAGGCCGCUGUCGACCGGCGACAUGGCCGAGCUGGCCGUGCGGGCGACCAUGGCGCUCGCUUCCAGCAGCAAACCGAGGCGACACGGGCGGCGCUGUGCCCGCGGUGGCGGCAAGAAGAAGGCGGUUCGCGUCAUGCCCGUGCGCGAGGAAAUGAAGGACGGCAGCGAGGUCGACGUCUUCUUCAACGAGAAGCUAAACCAACAGACGCUGGGGGAGUUCGGGAUGUUGCUGAGCCCAGCGAAGAAGGACAAGAAGCUUGCAGCCGCCACGGCAACGUCAAGGCUCAAGCGGGCGCUGAGCAUCAUUCAGGAAGACGCCGAGUGA